CAUCAAAAAGUUCAGUUAGGAUAAAGAUGGCAUUUACAGAGCACGAAGAAAAAGUCUCAGAAUUCUAUUCCCGUGUAGUGGAUAACAACCAUGACUGGAAUGAUGGAUUUCUCACAUUUGGAUUGUGGAAGACGAAAUCCGGUGAUCCUAUACCACACCCUUCGUGUUACGGAGCAGUGUAUGAUGAGCUUUUAGAAGGUACUAUGAUACAGGCUGAUCACAGCGUGCUGGAUGUUGCUUGUGGGCAGGGAGCUGGCAUGUUACGAAUCAAAUCCCAGAAUGGCUGCAACAUCCAAGGUCUAGACAUCAGCGCUGCAAACGUGGAAAUAGCGAAGCGAAGACUGUGCGACACUGGAAUUACUGUAACACGCGGUAGCGGAACGAAGAUGCCCUAUGAUGAAAAUUCUUUUGAUUGUGUUAUCUGUGUGGAAGGGGAACCUCACAUGAAUAGCAGAGAAGAUUUCUUUCGAGAAGCAUUUCGAGUUCUAAAGCCUGGAGGAAAAUUGUUCAUGGCUGACAUUGUUACGCUUAAAGCACUUCCUGAUCUGAGUUACCUUCAGCAGAUCAUUUUGAGGACCGCAGCGAAGUUAUGGGUGAUUCCUAGCACUAACUUGUCCUACGGAAUCGAUGAUUACAAACAGAAAUUAAAAGACAUUGGGUUCAAGUUGACAAAGUUUGAAUUCUUAGGCGACAGAGUAUUACCAGGUUAUUGUAAUUUUAAUCUUACGCUAUCGGUUAUGCGAGAACAAGCAAAAGUAAGAGGUCCGUUCGUCGGUUACGUGGGAGGUCCAAUGAUUGAUAUUAUUGUUAAAAUGGCUUUCUCUCACAAAAUUAUCGAAUAUGUCUUUGUUGAGGCCGAGAAAGAAUUUAUCAAAUAACCAGUCGCAAAACCACAGGCACACCAUCCUCUGUUUGUGUCUCGGACUGGAUUCACUCAGAAAAUUUAAAAUGAACAUUUCUGUGCUUGGAUAUCUUUGAGUCGUGGGAAUUAGAUUUCACGUUUGAAAAAUGUUCUUUCUUACGCCUCAAAAUCAACAAAACGAAUAAAUUUCAAAAUAAGAAAUAGAAUACUCUAGGAAAUCACAAUACUACCGAGUCAGAGCGUUUUGUAGGAGCUGGUUCUUGAAAUCAACCCACAACAAUCCAAC